AUGGCCCAAGUGGCGCAGCUGCCAUCCUUCGGCAGCGGCGCUCUGCGGCAGAGCAGCUUCGACAGGCCCCGCUCGCUGUCACAGGAAGAGGAGGAAACCGUCUCUGUCAGACCCACAAUCGGCGGUGAUGAGGACGCCGACAGGGAAGUGCGGGUCUCUUGCCCCGACGCCACCGGGCUGGGCUGCGACAUCGCCCGCCUGCUCCUCGACUUUGGCCUGCGCAUCAUGGACGGCGACGUGUCGACGGACGGCCGGUGGUGCUUCAUGAUAUUCAAGGUGAAGCUGGGCGCGGGCGUGCCGGCGCACUGGCCGCUGCUGAAGCGCCGGCUGGAGGCCAUCUGCCCCAACUCCCACGGCGACUACAGCCUCUGGCGCAACACCCGCCGCCAGGACUACGAGAACCCCUUCCUGCUCCAGGUCACCUCCUACGACCGCCGCGGCUUCCUCCACGAUUUGAUGCACACGCUGUGGGAGGCGGACGUGGUGGUCUUCAAGGCGCACAUCACCACGGGGCCCGGCGGCAAGGUCCUGGACAUGUUCUGGAUCUAUGACAACCGCUGCGAGCUCCCAGAGAACCACAGGGUGCUGCAGAUAACGGAGCUGGUGAGGGAGUGCCUGCAGCAGAGGGAUGCCAACUGCACCAUUAUGCCGGCGCCCCCCGAGACCUGCGACCUGGACUCCACGGCCACCAUCCUGCAGCGCUGCGCCUGCAAGGACGCCACCUCGGCCUCGCCCCUGCGCAAGAUCCUGUCCAGCAAGCGCAAGGGCUCCAGCUCCGGCAGCCUCGAUGUGUCCUCCGAGGCCGACGAGUAUGGCUGCCCCGAGAACGUGCAGGUGACGAUAGACAAUUGCACGGCGUCCAACUACAGCGUGGUCAACGUGGUGUGCCGCGACCGCAAGGGGCUCGUCUACGACCUCAUGCGCACGCUCAAGGACAUCCACGUGCGCGUCGCCUACGCCAAGAUUGUGGUGCGCGGCGAACUCGCCGAGACCGACCUCUUCGUGGAGGAGGCCGACGGCCAGCGCGUCAAGGAGAGUCGGAUGAAGCGCGCUGCCAGCACCCCCCAUGCCGACGCGCUGCCGUACCUGGAUGUGCAGCCCUUUGGCAGCCAUCACGGGGACAACCUGUACUCUGCCUUCGUGCAGAACCAGCGGAUCAAACACAGCGAGAUAGAGUCGGAGCUGAUAGAGCGCGUGCGUGCGGCGGUGCUGCUGCCGGUGCGCAUCGACAUCAAGGACGUCUACGACGAGACCUGCACCGAGCUGCGCGUGACGGCUGCGCUCGACUCCGGCGGCCGCGGCCGCCCGCGAGUCACCUACGACGUCACCGCCGCGCUGAACGCCAUGGGGCUGUGCGUGUUCAUGGCGGAUGUGUAUCUGGAGGCGCCCAGCGGCGAUGGGGACCAGCGGCCGCACGAGCUGCACCGAUUCCUGGUGCACGGCCCCGAUGGCCGCCGCCUCGAAAGCAUUGCUGAGAAAAGGGCGGUGUACGAGUGCGUGCGAGCGCAGGUGACGGGCACGCAGAACGCCCAGGCGCCCAAGACGACGCCGCGCUCCUCGCCCAAGCAGAGCAGCCCGGCGCCGCCGCCCAAGUCCCUGCUGGACUCCCUGUCCAAGUGGAAGUGGUCCGCCUGAUGAAGUCCGCGCAACAGCACACUGCCGCACCUGUACAUGACCGGGGCCGAUGCCCGCGCCUCCGGCCGUGUUUGCACCGCUUCGAGGCGAGCCUGCGCGCAGCUGCCGCUGCGGCUGCUGUAUUUAGUACUGUUGAGAAGAUACAUUGCGACAUUGGGGUGCAGUGGGAGCAUGCGGGGGCCUGCUGUGUGUGUUUGAGGCCUGCUGCCCAAGCAGUGUCCUGGAUUCAGGUGGUUGGUUCCUCGGCACGUUCCUGCUGUAUCAAGAAGAAGUGAUCCUGAGGUGAUGACAAUAUUUUGGUCAAGAGCAAUCUUUCGUGGACGCAUCGCUGGAAACGGCUGUUCAUGGUUCGAUGCAUCAUAUACAUAUAUACGGGUAUUAUGAGUAAGGCCUUGGCAGGCUUGCCCUAGCAUGAUCGAGGAUGAAUUAUGGCAGGACUAGUACAGUGCAUUACCAGUGCUGAACAGAUGGACACAAAGGCUGCAGUUGUAAAGCACCCUAGGGAUGAUAUGCUUAUUAUGAUUUAUAUAUUCCAAAUAUUAGAUCAACAGAUCCCAUUUAG